GCGCGCCCCAUUCAAAGCGGCGGCAGUUGGUUGAGUGCUCUUGUGCGGUACCGGGUUUUGAAAGAGGGGUUGCUAUAGUUUGCAGGCGUCUUGAGAUUUCUCUGGCAGCGUCGUAUGGAUCCCAACAGUUACAAGGGCCUUCAGCCUGGCUUAUCGAUUAAUAUUGAGCGCAGCAAUGGUUCAGUCCAUGGUGCAACUAUCAAAACUGUAAGUUUGGAAAAAAUGACUGUAUCUGUAGAAUGGACAGAAAACAACAGUCUCAAAGGGAAAGAGAUUGACUUUGAUGAUGUGAUAGCAAUAAAUCCAGAAUUGUCUACAGCUGCAGUUGUUGCUGAUGUAAAAGAGAGCAUUCUAGUUCGGAACAAUGUAACUACACAGAGACAAAAUCGCAGAACCGUUUCAAAAAUACCCGGUCCCAGAGAAGUACCGAGGUUCCAAAGUAGCAAAAUGUCGGUCAUAGCAGAACUACCAAACAAUCUGGAAAAUGAUAUGGAGGUAGAAACUUCUGCUUCUGUACCAGCUCGAAGCCAAUCAGCUCUUCCUGUUGUACGACCUCGAACGCGAAAUAAUUAUUCUUCUGAUAGAUGUAGUAUACAACCUAAUGGUAAUGAAGUGACAGAAGAACCUCCACAGUCUCUCAGAAUUGUGUCUGCUGCCAUUCAAGCUCGGAGGAAAUCUAAUAUUGUAAAGGAAAUGGAAAAAAUGAAAAAUAAGAGGGAAGAGAAAAGAGCCCAGUUUUCUGAAAUAAGAAACAGGCGUGCACAGGAAUUUGACAGUAAUUGCCCAAAUUGGGAUUUUGCACGAAUGGUUAAAGAAUAUCGAAAUACUAUUAAUUGUCAAUCAUUAUCAAUGAAUGAUCCAAUAGAAGAGCAUAGAAUUUGUGUCUGUGUGAGAAAACGACCCUUAAAUAAGCAAGAACUUGGAAAAAAAGAAUGUGAUAUAAUCACUGUUGUUAGCAAGAACAGCAUCCUGGUGCAUGAACCAAAGAUGAAGGUGGAUCUGACAAAAUACCUUGAAAACCAGCCUUUUCGAUUUGACUUCUCGUUUGAUGAAAAAGCUACUAAUGAUAUGGUUUACUGGUUUACUGCUAGACCACUUGUGCAUACUGUUUUUGAAGGAGGGAAGGCUACAUGUUUUGCCUAUGGCCAAACUGGUAGUGGAAAAACUCAUACUAUGGGAGGAGACUUCUCUGGGAAAGUACAGAAGGCCUCAAAAGGAAUAUACGCUUUUGCAUCACAGGAUGUAUUCCUCCUUCAGAAUCAGCCACGGUAUAGGGCCCAAGGCCUAGACAUAUAUGUGACCUUCUUUGAGAUAUAUAAUGGAAAGUUAUUUGAUCUUUUAAACAAAAAAGCAAAGCUGCGGGUGCUGGAGGAUGGCAAACAACAGGUCCAGGUUGUUGGCCUACAAGAAAUGCGUGUGAAUUGUGCUGAGGAUGUUAUCCGAAUGAUUGAAGUAGGAAGCGCCUGCAGGACAUCUGGACAUACAUUUGCCAAUUCCAGUUCCUCUCGAUCGCAUGCUUGCUUUCAAAUUAUUCUGCGUAAAAAAGGAAAGCUUCAUGGCAAGUUCUCCUUGGUGGAUUUAGCUGGCAAUGAGAGAGGGGCUGAUACCUCUAGUGCUGAUCGUCAGACACGGAUGGAAGCAGCAGAAAUAAACAAAAGCUUGCUGGCGCUAAAGGAAUGUAUCCGUGCUUUAGGUCAAAAUAAACAACAUACACCUUUUCGGGAAAGUAAACUUACUCAAGUGCUGAGGGAUUCUUUCAUUGGAACAAAUUCCAGAACUUGCAUGAUUGCAAUGAUUUCCCCAGGCAUGAGUUCCUGUGAAUAUACUCUAAAUACCUUGCGAUAUGCUGAUAGAGUGAAGGAACUUCCUAGCAAUGGAACAGCUGGUGAGGCACAAAACUGUAUGGAAACUGAGAGUGAAGAGUUUGAGAUUAGCAGAGAAGAAUCGGACCAUAUUCUUGAACAGCUUUCUGAAGAUGAGCUGUCUCCUCAUCUGUCCAGUUUUCGUGAUGCUCUCACCCGGAUUAGUGAAUUUGAAGAGAAAGCAAUAGAAGAACUUAAGGAAAUCAGGGAGAAAAUGAACGACUGUAACUAUCUCCUGGACAUUGCGGAACAACCAGAAUAUGACCUAGAGGCCUUUGUGUACCAAACCCAAUGCUUCAUAAAUGAAGGAUCCAAAAGCUUCCUCAGUCUAAAAGAGACUCUAGACGAACUGACGCUAGCCAUGCAAAUGGAAGAACAAGCCAGCAAGCACCUGAAUCAACGUCAACUUCAAUAACUGCCCACCUGUUAAAUGAACCUUUGCCCCUCUCUA